AUGGCCCAAACUCCUGAACAAGCAAUUGAGCAAUUUUUACUUUUGGGUAAAUCAGUGAAGGGAAAAGCCGCAGUAAAUCUCAUUCAACAGGCAAUUAAUCAUCCAAACACUUUUGUCUUUUCUGAAAUGUUAGAUCUGAAAGGAAUCAAAGAGCUUGACGGAAGCGAAAAUCAAGCAGAUUUCAAUACAUUAAAGCUCUUUGCUUUUGGAACAUAUAGUGAUUACAAAUUAAACCCAAGCAGCUACUUCCCUCUCAGCGAAAAGAAUUUGAACAAACUCAAACAACUUUCAAUUGUUACUCUCGCUUCCAAGAACCGUUUACUCAAGUACGAAGAUUUAAUGAAGGAUUUAGAUAUAUCAAACGUGAGAGAGUUGGAAGAUCUUUUGAUCGACUGCAUGUAUCAAGGUUUAUUAGAAGGUAAACUGGACCAAAAGUACAAGUGUAUGGAAGUGUAUGAAACGAUUGGUAGAGACAUUAAAUUGGAGGAUAUUGACCAAAUGAUUUCAAUUCUCAAGAACUGGGUUGUCUCAGGAAAAGAGAUGCUCAAGGGAAUUGAUGCUAACAUUGAUUUUGCCAAUACUCAGUUCAAAACCCACAACGAAAACAAGAAGAAAUUCGAACAACAAAUCGCUCAAAUUGAAGAGUCGAUCAAGGCUUCAUUGGAAGAAGACACAUCUUCUGCUGGUGCCAUGAUGGGAAUGAUGUCAAUGAUGGGAAUGUUAGGUGGAGCAAGAAUGGGUGCAGGCGCUGGAGGUGCUGGAGGUUCUCGUACAAGAAAGAAUAGAUAA